AACGCAGAGCCGUCCGCGGAUGUUUUUAAGUAGGCUGAGGUUACCUAGCAGUGAAAUUCAAUCCCCGCUUACCUGUAACGUACAGUCGGGUAGAAAUUACGCCAACCUCAAGACUUGAUCCGUUAUCAUUUUUGAUACGUAUAUUUUCUUUGGUCGCAACAAGCGAUGUCAGGCAGCUGCGGGCGGAAUCCUCCUCCUUUCCCCGAUAAUGAUGAUCAAGAGGCUGAAUUAGACGCUCGAGUGCUGGACAGCGACGAGGAUGAUGAUGAAGGCGAGGACAUAUUCACCGGCGCGAGAAGUAAACCGAUCACACCCACAUCAGCUCCUGAUGAAGGCGAUAUCUUCAGUGAGGAGGGCUCGUACAUCAGGAGCGAUGUCCAUCACGCCACUAAUGGCCUUCACUCUGAUGAAGAGCUGGAUCUGUUCACUGAGGCCACUGUAGAACUGACGCUCACCAACACCACUAGUCAAGGCAGGAGAGAAAUUAUUGGCCCGACCGCAUCGGCUUGCAACACCACACACAUCCCUAAUUCUAUACUCAAACCCAGCAUUGUCACCAAGACCAUGGAGGAGUUGGAGGAGGAAGAGAGUGGAGACCAGUUUGAGCUGAACAUCGCAGUCACUAAUCCAGAGAAAAUUGGAGAUGGCAUGAAUGCCUACAUGUCUUACAAAGUGUCGACUCAGACUACACUGCCCAUGUUCCUUAAUAAGACGUUCUCCGUGCGUCGACGUUUCAGUGAUUUUCUGGGACUUUAUGAGAAGAUAUCGGCCAAACACUCACUGCUGGGCUGCAUCAUCCCACCUCCACCUCAAAAGAGUGUAGUGGGGAUGACUAAAGUGAAGGUAGGGAAGGAGGAUUCAUCCUCAGCGGAGUUUGUGGAAAAGAGACGAGCAGCACUGGAGAGGUAUCUACAGAGAGUAGUGGCUCAUCCAUCUCUGUUGCAGGACCCUGAUGUUCGAGAGUUUUUAGAGAGAGAUGAGUUGCCCAGGGCAGUGAAUACUCAGACUUUGAGUGGACCUGGCCUACUGAAGAUGAUAAACAGAGCAUCGGAUGCAGUGAAUAAGAUGACCAUUAAAAUGAACGAAUCAGAUAAUUGGUUUGAGAGUAAGCUGCAGGAGGUGGAGAAUGAGGAGCAGUUACUGAGGAGGCUUCAUGCUGCUGUUGACUCAUUAGUAAACCACAGGAAAGAGUUGUGUAGUAACACAGCUGUGUUUAGUAAGAGUGUGGCCAUGCUGGGCAGUGUGGAGGAGAACUCUGCAUUGUCUCGUGCGCUGUCACAGCUGGCGGAAGUGGAGGAUAAGAUGGAGCAGCUGCAUCAGCAACAGGCCUUCAGCGAUUUCUUCAUCCUUGCCGAGCUCCUGGCCGACUACGUCAGACUGCUGGGGGCCGUGAGGUGCUGUUUUGAACAGAGGAUGAAAGUGUGGCAGCGUCUACAGGAAGCUCAGAGCACACUGCAGAAGAAACGAGAGGCUGAGGCCAAACUGCUUUGGGCGAACAAACCAGAGAAGCUCCAGCAGGCUAAAGAUGACAUAAAUGAGUGGGAGUCUAAAGUCAAUCAGUAUGAGAGAGAUUUCGAAAGAGUCACCUGUACUGUGCGCAAAGAAGUGCUCAGAUUUGAGAAAGAGAAAGCCAGAGAUUUCAAACAGCACAUAGUGAAAUACCUGGAGUCCCUGCUUCACACACAGCAUAGGCUGGUGAAGUGUUGGGAGGCCUUCCUGCCUGAGGCCAAAGCCAUCGCCUGAUCAGAGCCUUACCUCACACGCUCUUAACCUUUGACCUAGACAACAGACAAUCAACAUUUCUCUCUUCCUAUUUCCUUUGCUCUCUGUGUGUCAAAUAACAUGUACAUCUUAAUACUCGUUCAUCGAUAAGCCGAUCCCUAGAUUGUGAGGGUGAACCUGCACAGUGACCCGUGUCACUGUUGACAACUGAAUGUUGAGUGUAAAGGUUAAAGGUCAGAGCGGCAUUUAAAAAAAAAGAAAGAACAGCUGUGUGUGGGGUGCAGCAAGAAUAUUUUUUUAUGUGUGCACGUAUGUAUGUGUGUUUAGUGUUAUCCUACAAGGUUUUUAAUGGUGCUUAGCCUGUGUAGUGUUUUAGUAGAGACUUUAAACCGCCUUUAAGAGUGUCUCUCUGUGUCACGGAUUUGCACGGGGAGAGACUGAACAUUUGAAGUUUGUAAUCCAUUCCAGAUAAUAGAGGAAAACACUUGAGAUGUUCCCAGGGCACUCGACCCAGCCUGAUGUUGCACCACAUAUUUAAAAUGAUAGCAAAGUUAGAGUAUGAUACAGGAAAAAAAGACUGAAUCACAGACUAUGAAUGAAAAAUGUUUGGUGUCUUUUGAAUGAAAACCCAUAGUUUGUGUUGACUGAAUUUUUAUGUUCUCAAACAGUUGCACUGAUCUGGACAGGUCCAGAUAAAGGUCUACUUACAGUAUUUCUAUUAAAAAUUCUAGAUGAACUUGUUAAAACAUAAAUUACU